AUGGCUGGGAGCAGCAAGAACACAGACACCAUCGAUGAAGGAGAAGGAGAAUUUAUAUGGUCAAAGGAGACUCAAGGCAUCAUUCUCAGUUCUUUCUACUGGGGAUUCACGGUAGCUCAGCUACUUGGGGCCUGGUUCAGUUCUUUGCUGGGCGCUAUCAUCACUUUACCAGUGGUGGCUCAACUAUGUGAAGUACCGACAGGAUGGUCUCUAGCCUUUUACAUUACAGGAGGCUGUGGGUUUCUGUGGGUAGUGUUCUGGGGUCUUCUCGUCUACGACUCCCCUGACGUACAUCCCCGUAUUUCGUCAGCAGAGCGACUCUACAUUACUCACAGUAUUGGAAAAAACGUUACUUCAGAUUUGCUGAUGUCUUCAAAAAUACCUUGGUGUUCCAUCCUCACUUCAAGGCCGGUGUGGGCCAUCACUAUGGGCGUAUGUUGUAUUUCCUGGGGCUACUUCAUGUUCCAAUCCUGUAUUUCGCAAUACCUGCAUGAGGUGCUGUUUUUCGACAUCUCGAAGAAUGGAAUAAUAUCAGCGCUGCCUUUUAUUGGAUUUUUCCUCGUGUUGAACGUCUCUGGUGCUUGCUCUGACUUUAUGAUGAAAAGGAGAGUCUGUUCAACAGUGGUGUUACGGAAGAUAUGGAAUGUCAUUGGACUGGUUGGCGCGGCAGUUUCUAUCGUAGCCCUUGGCUUCCUCGACUCCACACAACCUGUAGCUGCGGUCACCGUUCUCGUUAUAACAGUGUCCAUGCUGGGUGUCUGUUAUAACAACUGCAUCAUUUGUAACAUCGCUGAUAUUGCACCCCGAUAUUCCGGAAUUGUAUUCGGCUUUGUGGCCACCGUGGGAUUUCUUGUCGACGAAGCUGUUCCUGUUGUCGUUGGAGUUGUCACUGCAGGACAAACCCAGGCUGAGUGGCGAACCAUGUUCUUCAUCUGCGCCGGAGUCUAUCUUUUUGGUGCCAUAUUCUACUGUAUUUUUGCCUCCGGCCAGAUUCAAGACUGGGCUCAGGACGACGAUGAGAAUAGACCAAUUUUGAAUGGAAGUCACGCACACAAGGAUGAAUGCAAAGGCUCAGGACGAUAAAGCUUCGUCUGAUGGUCUCCAUGUACAUAAUAUAUUUCAUUGCAUUUUGUGACGUCAGUUUUAUACGUACACAAUUAUACAAAGCUAUGAACAUAAACAGAAA